AUGUUGCCGGAAACGAGCAACCGGCGCUCAAGAUCGGUGCUUUUGCCCUUGUGUGUCCUCGGGGCGGGCGUAGUGUCGUUUCUCUGGAGACCAGCCUCACGAGUUUACCAUAUAGCGGCUAUCUUACUAGACGCAUAUCUUUUGGCGUUCCUAGUGCGUAAAAAGGUUACAACUAAAAAAAUCCCUGAAGCUGAUAUUGAUACUGGAAGUCUCCCGUUCUUCACUCUGGUAGUUCCUUGCAAAAAUGAAAGCGGCGUGAUUUGCAAGACUCUGCAGAAACUCUGCUUUGGCCUUAAGUACCCAGUGGAUUCCUAUCGGAUUUUGGUACUUGAUGACCAUUCGACGGAUGGUUCCUUUGACCGUAUUCAUCAUUGGAUACGGGACACAUUGCGACCUCUGCCUGUGUGCCAAGCGAUUGCACGUCCGCAGCACGAUAUCGGCGGAGGCAAGUCUGGUGCUUUGAAUGCAGCACUCAAGUACAUUUUCUAUGAACGAGAGCAAGAUGUGAUUAUUUCACCGAAAAAGAGGCAUAUUAUUGGCUUUUUGGACGCGGAUGCACAGUGCGAUCCCCGCCUUCUCGCGGCUCUAGCGGCAGUAUUUUUGAGCGAAGACGCGCUUGUUCUUCAGGUCCUCAAAAAGCCCAUUCGAUGGGGUAGCAGAUCCCUGCUUGAGGAUUGCCAGGUUGCGGACUAUAUGGCUGACUGGUUCGUCUCCUCUCAGAGACAGAUUCGUCGGGCUGGUUGUGCUUCAUUACGAGGAAAUGGCAUGUUUUUCGACGAAGCUGUCAUCUUGCAUGUUGCUGAUGGCAGGUCGGCUCUCAGAGGCUUUUUCUUCAAUGAUCAAACCACGGGUGAUGACGUUGAUAUGACUUGUCGCCUCAAAAUUGCGGGUCUGAAGAUCCACUACAUCGAUGAUACCUACGUUAUGGAGGAACUAGCUCCUAGCUGGAAGGCACUUUUUCAGCAGCGGGCUCGCUGGGUCUACGGCGGCUACCGUCGCUAUACGGACUAUCUGGAGUCAUUGCCCUGCCUCUGGUGGAACGACCCUGACGAACUCGUAGAAUUUUGUGUGCUCCUAGCACCAAUAUUUUUGCUUCCGCAAUUUAUUCUCUCAUUCUGGUUCAAUGGAAACCGUGCGGUUUGGUUUCAUCUAGCGUUCCUUCUCGUCUGGGGCCUAGGACUCAUGUGCCAAGCUUGCGCAAGUCUGCGGCUAGCGCUUCUGGGUCUUAUCUUCUCAUUGCACCGGAUCUUCUUUAUAUACUGGACUGUCGUGCUCUGCAUUUGGAAGCCAUCGGAAUGUCUUCCCUACUGGAAAACCACUCGACGAGUGGACAUGGAACGUGGCACUCCCUAG